AAAAGAUAAUUAGUAAGUGUCUAAAAAAUAAUGGCUGGUGGUAUUAUGUCUCCUUUUUUUGCAUGUUUGUCCCACAUGAAUAAAAUAAUCCACAUUAAAUAAACCAGGUGAUUCCUCAGUGUCAUCACUCAGAUGCAGUCAAACACCCCGUCACAAUAAAAGCUCAGUCUCAGUCCUGAAUCUGCAGCUGACACAUUUCUCUGGUCACACUUGAGCAGAAAGUGUUUUCCUGCUCCAGGAUGUAACCUUGAGUCUCUGAUGAAGAAACGACUUAUCAGCAGCUUUCGGACCUUGCUCUGUGCGUCUGUCAGGGCCUCUCCCCUCGUGUCUGUGGCGGCGUCUGAUCACAUGCAGCGUGUCUCAAUCGUCUCUCGUCUCCUUUACAGUCGCUGCUGCUCUGUGGACUCACGUGCUGCUGAAGAUGGACGGAGAUCUUCUCAGAUAACUGGAGGAAAAUAAAGUCUUCGUCUCAUCAUCAUCAUCAUCAUCAAAAAACAGAACAGAAAACUCUCCAUAUUUGACUGAAACGUGUCCAGGAAACAGUUUAUAAAUCAACCACAGAAGCAGGAAGAAUGGCGUCCCACAGGGCCGACAACGGGGGCCCCCAGCUGGUGAAGGAGGAGUCGUCUGGGGAGUCGAUGAAGCUGAAGAAGGAGAUCUCGCUCCUCAACGGGGUCUGCCUCAUCGUGGGGAACAUGAUCGGCUCGGGGAUCUUCGUCUCCCCUAAAGGCGUCCUGCUCCACAGCGCCUCCUACGGCCUGUCCCUGGUGGUGUGGACCGUCGGGGGCCUCUUCUCCGUCUUCGGGGCCCUGUGCUACGCCGAGCUGGGCACCACCAUCACCAAGUCGGGGGCGUCCUACGCCUACAUCCUGGAGGCCUUCGGCGGCUUCCUGGCCUUCAUCCGGCUGUGGACGUCGCUGCUGAUCAUCGAGCCGACCAGCCAGGCCGUCAUCGCCAUCACCUUCUCCAACUACAUGGUGCAGCCCAUCUUCCCAACAUGCAUCGCUCCCUACCUCGCCAACCGCCUGCUGGCCGCCGCGUGCAUAUGUUUGCUGACCUUUGUGAACUGUGCCUACGUGAAGUACGGCACCAGAGUUCAGGACUUCUUCACCUACGCUAAAGUCAUCGCUCUGAUCGCCGUCAUCAUCACCGGCCUGGUGAAGAUCGGAAAAGGCCACACACAGAACUUUGAGGGCCUGUUUGAAGGCUCCUCUCAGGACCCCGGGGCCCUCGCGCUGGCUCUCUACUCGGCUCUGUUCUCCUACUCGGGAUGGGACACGCUCAACUUCGUCACGGAGGAGAUCAAGAACCCAGAGAGGAACCUCCCUCUGGCUAUAGCCAUCUCCAUGCCCAUAGUGACGGUGAUCUACAUCCUGACCAACGUGGCUUAUUACACCGUCCUCCCCAUGAACGCCAUCCUGGACAGUGAUGCUGUCGCUGUGACGUUUGCGGACCAGGUGUUCGGGGUGAUGAACUGGACGAUCCCCCUCGCUGUGGCUCUCUCCUGCUUCGGAGGACUCAACGCCUCCAUCCUGGCCUCCUCCAGGCUGUUCUUCGUGGGCUCCAGAGAGGGUCACCUGCCCGACUACCUGUGCAUGAUCCACGUCUUCCGCUUCACCCCCGUCCCCGCCCUGCUCUUCAACGGCGUCAUGGCUCUGAUCUACCUGUGUGUGGAGGACGUCUUCAGGCUCAUCAACUACUACAGCUUCAGCUACUGGUUCUUUGUUGGUCUGUCCAUUCUGGGACAGCUGUACCUGCGCUGGAAGCAGCCGGACAGGAAGAGGCCUCUGAAGCUCAGCCUCGUCUACCCCAUCAUCUUCUGUCUGCUCACCGUCUUCCUGGUGGUGGUGCCGCUCUACAGCGACACCGUCAACUCCCUGAUCGGCAUCGGCAUCGCCCUGUCAGGCGUGCCCGUCUACUUCCUGUGCAUCUACACUCCGGCCCACAAGAGGCCUCUGUGGCUACGGAGCCUCAUCGCUAAAUCCGGCGUGCUGAUCCAGAAGGUGUGCUACUCGGUGCUGACUGAGAUGGAUAAGGACGACUAGACGUUUGGUCUCUCCACGCUGCCGGAGACUGACGGACUGGGAGGCUCCACCUGGACUCACCCCGGCCCGCCGCUGCAGCCACGAGGCGGCUCCACCUGGACCAAACAUCUGGGCUGGAGCUGGACGCCGCUCUCUGACCUGUCAAUCAUCUCCCGGCCAUCGUUCAUGUUAAUGAACGUGUGAAUGAUGGCGCCCGGGGCUCCACGGCAACAUUUCACUCUGGCUGACUGAGACUUCAGAGAGAACUGUUUAAUGCACUCCUGAAGAAAUCAACUCCUUUAUUUUAUCACAGAGCUGUACGCGUUAGUAGAGAAUUAUUUAAUUCAUAUGUCCAGAUAAGUAUUUUAUGUGAAAUUACAUAUUUAUGACGGAGUAUUAGGGCCAUAUUUAGAAAGAAAAAAAAAUUAUCAUGAGAGUAAAGUCGUAAAUAUUUGAUUAAUUACAAGAAUAAAGUCGAAAGUAUUUAAUUAGUUACGAGAAUAAAGUCGUAAAUAUUUAGUUAAUUACGAAAUAAAGUUGAAGAUAUUUAGUUAUGAGAAUAAAGUUGUAAAUAUUUAAUUAGUUACGAGAAUAAAGUCCAAAAUAUUUAAUUACGAGAAUAAAGUCCAAAAUAUUUAAUUACGAGAAUAACGUCAAAUAUUUAAUUAAUACGAGAAUAAAGUUGAAAAAUGUUUAAUUAAUUAUGAGAAUAACAUCAUUAAUAUUUAAUGAAUUAGAGGAGAGUUGUUAAAAUGAGAGCCUUGGAGAAUUUUGUAGAAUUAUACAUUAAAAUACUUUAAUCUCGUAAUUCACGUUUUUGUUUUCUUCUAAAUGUGGCCCUAAUACGUCGUACACAUUAGAUUUAAUUGGAAGGCGGCUAAUUAUUAUUAUGAUAGUACACAGGGGAACUUAUUUGAAACUAAAAAGCAUUAUUAUUAUUAUUAGAAAAUCAAGCAGUAAAAGAUAUUAAAAUGUUCCUGCGUUCACUAAUGUGGGAAGAAAAGGUUGUUUUUUUACAUAAAUGUCAGCCACAAGGUCUCGUCAAGGGCUUUUUUUUGUUUGUUUUUUUACAAAUUAACUCAUUUCUGGCUGUUAAAUGUAAAAAAAACUAAGACAGUUGAGCUGCAAACAUGUAUUUAUAAUAAAAUUACUUGUUGACUA